AGCUCCUCCGAAGUUCUGGGUUGUGAGGGAUGCUUUGUCUGUUGGUGUAUCUUGUUGUUGAGGCUUGGGUGCAAACGUUCUUAAACAGAAAGAAGGCCUACCUAAACAAGUAGUUUACAACAAACCUUUGAACAGUGAGAAUCUUGUUUAUUUCUGGACACCUCUUUCUAUAAAAGGCUUUUCUCAGACUGGCACAAAGACUACUGAAAUCAGCCAUCCUGAAUCAUCUGGACAAAAUAUGAAAUUCAUUGGCAUAAUUGUUUCUUUCUUCAUUCUCUUCACCCUUACUGCUCUUCGUAAUGCAGGAGCUCAAGACUCUUGCUCACACCAGUGUGGGGAGCUGCUUAGUACCUGUUCUUGCCAGGUGACGUGCCAGUCCUUGGGGAAUUGCUGCCCUGAUUAUAAAGAAUUUUGUCUUCAGAUUUCUCCAUACUCAGGAUCUCUGAUGGGAGGCAAAGACUUUUUGAUUGAAAAUACAGCUUUUAAUACCUCUUCUGUGCUAACAUGCAGGUUCAAGCAGGAAAUCAAAACCAGUGGCUAUAUUGCUGAGGAUGGAAAAGGCCACUGCAUCUCCCCGUUGCUUUAUGAGACUGGUUUCAUCCCUUUUGAAGUUUCUAUAGAUGAUGGGAGGACGUUCCCCUACUCUGGAACUUGGCUAUCAGUACAUCACAGCAAGGUUUCAGAUGAAGAAAAAUGUACUUUGGUAAAUGAGACAAAGUGGCAAUACUACGGUACCCCCAGCACUUACGGAAACUUAACUGUUACCUGGACACAUCAGGCACUUGCAGAAACCCACGUCAACAUAGAAGUCUGGGGAUACCAUGAAACAGGUGACAGCUACUCAGAAAACUGGUUGGCUGAAUGGAAAUAUCUUUAUACUUUGGCCAGAGAAAUCCCCAAUACAGGGAAACUUACUUUCACUCCUGUACCUGCUGAAGGAAAUUACAGUACAUGGGACUUCGGAAUUUUGAGGAUUACACCCAGCAGCUAUUCUGAUGGGCAGAGCAACAUUCCAUCACUCUGGAGCAAUGAGCAUGCAUUGGCUUGGCACCUCGGGAAAGACUUCAGGGAUGACCCAAAUGCAUGGGCAACUGCAAAAUGUAUGGAAUGGGACAGAAAGGAGGAGAAGCUUCCAAACUUCAAGGAAGAAAUUAUAGACUGCCCUUGCACUUUGGCACAGGCAAGAGCUGACACUGGCAGGUUCCAUACAGAUUAUGGCUGCAACAUUGAGAAGGGGAGUGUGUGUACUUAUCACCCUGGUGCUGUGCACUGUGUGAGAGCCAUUCAAGCCAGUCCCCAGUAUGCAGCAGGACAGCAGUGUUGCUAUGACCCCACGGGAACACAGAUCCUCACACAUGACUCCACGGGAGGCAGCACACCCGAUCGAGGCCAUGACUGGGGUUCACCACCUUUCCUGAAGCCUCCCCGGAUACCUGGCUUUUCCCAUUGGCUUUAUGAUGUUAUCAGCUUCUAUUACUGCUGCCUGUGGUCUGAUAAUUGUCAGUUCUAUAUGAAAAGGCGUCCCUCUAGUGACUGCAGGACGUAUCGCCCACCUCGAGCUGCAUCUGCUUUUGGGGAUCCUCAUUUCUUCACAUUUGAUGGUCUGAACUUCACCUUCAAUGGCCUAGGAGAAUACCUGUUGGUAGAGUCUGAUCUCACAUCCCUAAGGGUGCAAGGCAGGACACAGCAGGGUCGCCUUCCCAAUGGAACUGGAGCUCAGGGGACAGGCUUGUCUGCAGUGGCCAUGCAGGAGAACAACUCUGAUGUGAUUGAAGUACGGUACUCAGAGGAUUUGAAUCUGGAGGUCCUGUUAAACCAAAAGGUUCUCAACUUCUCUGAACAAACCUGGAUGGACCUGAAAGGUCUCUUUCUCCAUUCUACACCUGAUCAGAACAUCACAGUGAUGUUCUCUUCUGGGUGUGGAGUGGAAAUACGGGGAAAUGGAGGAUUUCUGACCCUGACAGUUCUGCUCCCAGAGAAGUUCAUGAAUCAUACACAGGGUCUCUUUGGGGUAAUGAAUGGCAAUACAGAGGAUGAGUACACCUUCAGGAAUAAAACCACCUUGCCAGUUCAUGCAAGUCCCCAGCAGUUGUUUGAGUUUGGAGCUAACUGGGCUAUUGAGAGUGGAACUUCUCUCUUUACUUAUGACACAGAGUUCUUACUGAACAAUUUCUUUUAUGGGGAGAAGCACAAUGCUUCCUUCCUGCCUGUGUUCUUCCCCCAUGAAGACCCUGCUGAUCCCCUGGUAGAAGAGAUGGUCUCACUCUGUGGCUCUGACCCGUUCUGCAGAUUCGAUGUCCUGACAACAAGAAGCCUUCAAGUGGGAAAUUCCACAAGACUAUCUCAUCAGAAUCACAAGCUGCUGGUAGAACAUCUGGAGCCAGUGAUCUCUUGUGGCUGGCUGGACCAUCCAAUCAAUGGAACAAAGAAUGGAACUAACUACCUGCUGGGCUCAAGCAUCAUUUUCCUCUGCAGUCAGGGCUAUGAACUCACCGGGUCAAAGGAAAGAACUUGCCAAGCAUCGGGGGCCUGGUCUGGAGACACACCCAGUUGCAUCCAGAAAAUAGCUAUUGAACAACUAAUUCUUCUUGGCUGUGUAUUUGGAAUAGUUGGUGUUGCAGUUCUGGCACGUCUGACUUUUUUAUGUAGAAAGGAGAGACACAAAGGAAACCAGAAACUUGUUUCAGAAGUUCCAGUAGAAUAAGAGACAAUGAAAUUCCAGCGGAGUUUUUAAUGAAAUACAG